ACCGUGUGUUUCGAUGAGGCAGAGAGCCGCACUUGGGUACUUGCACUUGUCCCCCCUCCCUCCCCACACUGCCGCUGGCACUGCCGCACUGGAUAUGCGGAGCGAUGCCGAUGAAAGCGUUCUCCGAGCAGCGACGGACAGGUUUGUCUUCGGAGGAGAGAUGAGUCAGAGGAGGAGGAGGAGCGGGGCGAAUCAGUGAGGAAACCCGGGAUCUGGUGGUCCUGUCGGCGCGGGCAAGCGGCCUGUCGGGCAGCAGCGGAAGCCGGGGGCUGGAUUUGACGCGUCKUUGGUGGGGAACAUGCACUGAAAGCUGGAUGAUGAAAGGAGGAAGAGAAGGGGUAACGUGGAGUUUGUUCUUUCUGGUCCUGGAUCGGUUUUAAAACAGAUUGUUACAAAACAAGUGUCUUCGGUGAUCAGAACGGGAUGGCUGAGCUUUACCUCUACUACCUAUUACAGCAGAUGGAUGCCCACCUCCUACACACCUGAUCCUGAACGACAGGCUAUCAUCUCCCCUUCCUCUCCCUCUGGCUCUCCUCCUCUAACCCACCCUUUCCCCUUCUCCUCACCCCCUGGUGCUUUUUCUCCCACCUUUUUUCCCCCCACUUUCCACACCUGGAGUGUCAACGUGUUCCUACCGUCUUCUUCUCAAUGAUGGCUUGCUGUGGGCGCUCCCUGGACUCCCCGUGCACGCUCGCCCUGCUCAUAGGCUUCCAAUUUGCCUUUGUGCUCUAUUUUUCCCUGGGGGGCUUCAGAGGCCUGGUGUCUGUCCUGGUGCACACCACAGAGCCCGAGUUCGAUUAUUCUCGACCUCACGAUGUCUACACCAACCUCAGUCAUCUAGGAGCACCACCUCCUCCGCCUCGGAACUCGAGCGCCGGACUUACAGCUUCAGGACAACCGCUGAGAGACUGCCCGAUCCCGUCCCCCAUGUUGGUCGGACCUGUGUCUGUCCACCUUUUCUCUCCUCUGUCUUUGGACGAGAUCAAACAGAGAAACCCGUUAGUGUUGCCCGGCGGGCGCUACCGGCCUCCAGACUGUGAGCCCCAUCACCACACAGCAAUAGUGGUACCGUAUCGUAAUCGACUAAGCCAUCUGCGUGCCCUUCUUUACCACCUCCACCCCUUCCUGCAGAGACAACAGAUCCACUACAGCAUCUACAUUGUACAGCAGUGGGGAAAUGGUACCUUCAACCGAGCCAAACUGCUGAAUGUGGGCGUGCGGGAGGCCCUCAGAGAUGAAGACUGGAGCUGUAUUUUCCUUCAUGAUGUUGACCUGCUGCCUGAGAACGAUCACAACACCUACACCUGCCACAAGCAGUUCCCCACACACCUGUCUGUGGCCAUGGACAAGUUCAGAUAUAGGCUGCCGUACCCUCAGUAUUUUGGAGGGGUUUCUGCAGUGACUCCAGACCAGUACAUGAAGAUGAACGGCUUUCCUAACCAGUACUGGGGCUGGGGCGGAGAGGAUGACGACAUUGCUGCCAGAGUGCGGUUGUCGGGCAUGAAGAUUGUGCGCCCCCCAGUGGCCAUUGGCCAUUACAAGAUGAUCAAGCACAGAGGAGACAAGGGCAACGAGCAAAACCCACGCAGAUUUGACCUUCUCAAAAGAACCAGACUCAACUGGCACUCCGAUGGCCUCAGUUCUCUGAACUAUGAGCUGCUUUCCAAAGAGCUGGAGCCACUCUACACCAACCUGACCGUCGACAUAGGAGAAGACCCCCGUCUAAACCAGGGCAGAGUGCCCGUCGCUGUGAAAUCGACGCCUGUCCACCCACGCAGCACCAGCAACGUCAGGGACACAGCGAAGCAGGAAAACAAGCUAGAAGAAAGAGCGGCGGCAAACAACACUGUGGUCAAGCUGUCGGAGGGAAAGAGAGCCCCUGUGCAAUCAAAGACAGCAAAUCAAACAACACAGGGGCAAACCGGAGUGGUGAAAUAAGAGUUGUAUUUAAAAAAAAGAGCUUCGCAUUAGUAGCAUAACGUGGCUUCCCCAUUCAUUUGAAUCUGAAAGACGAAAUGAUGGAAAGCAGCUCAGAUCUUUUGAGAGUAGUUCUGCACUGGAUCAAAAGACAAAGCCUGUUUUGUUCACAGAGAUGGAUUCAAGAACAUGAAUGAGCCAUAUCAUCUGGCUUCACUAGCCACUGAAUGGGACACAGACGCUACUGACUGACAAGAAAACCUGUGGUUAUGUCUAUAGCUAGACCAGAAGUAGAAUGACUAACAACUCAGUUGCGUCCAAGUAGAGGUCCAAAACAAACUCCCUGAAAAUGAGGCAGCCAGUAUAUAUUUAGACCUCAGCAGUCAGGCUCUGUACGCUGCAAGCAGACCAGCAGCUUCAACCAGUCUGCCUCCAAAAAACAACAACAAAGAGCUGCUGCUGUCUGUCCACCUCACCAAACACAGUGGGUUUGUGUUUCUGUGCCUUCUCUCUUUUUUGCGUAUUUUAUAGACAGACAUAGAUGCUUUUAGGCGCUGAACCGAGGUAAGUGAUUCCUCUCCUGCCGUGUUGGAAGAAUACAAAAAAUAAAAAUAAUAAAAAAAAAGAUUGGGAGGACAAAAGCUGAUCCUGGAUCAGAACAAAUCAUUCGCUCCAGGAUCGUGUUGUUUUUUUUUUCUUUUUUGUAUUUGCUUGCAUCGAUCAGUCAAUCACUGACCAACUGUCAUAGUCACUGGACAACUCUAGAGUUUAUAUUUAUAUCGAGAGACGUUUAUUUGUGUACUGCUUUGUUUUAMUGUCCUUCAUUACUGUCUGGUGCCUCUCUCUAGGACAUUUAGUUUAUAGACAAUCAAACGAAAUGAGAAUAUAACUAUCCAAACACAUAACAAAAGUGGCUGUCAAAUGAACAUAGACGUGGCAUGAUAGUUGUUGUCUAGUUUGACUAUACUCUUGAUACAUGGAUAGAUAUGUGCUGCAAAUAUUAUCUGUGCGUUAUUAUUAUUAUUAUUAUUAUUAUUAUUAUUAUUUGGGACAAGUCAGGUACGAAAGGAGAUGGUAUUGUGAGGUGCGUGACCACACCAUAGUCAGGUUAGGAUAGUGUUUUAAUUAUCUAUCGUGGUUGAGGUUACAACAAAGCACUGUGCAUAGAUUUAGGCCAGCUUUUACCUGGASAGCCUCAGCGAUCCACGAAGCUACGAAUGAGCAUUUGCCUGUGUCUGCGUCUUUGUUUGCUGCAGUGAAGCUUUUGUGUUGUGAAGACAUGAAGACGAGAAGGAAGAAAGCAAAAACUGUUUGUAGAAUUUGGCCUCAUUGGGAGGUUACGUCGGUCGCGUUUGUGAUCACGGAGUUGUGGAGGCUAACAGCAACUUAAUUUCUCUCGCAGUCUUUUGUUAAAGCGAUAAAUCAGGUCUUUUGAAGUGGGGGUUCCGUGGAAAUGCUGUGAGCGCUUCCUUUCCUGCCUGAUGUAGAUCGUUGUUUUGAACGUCUUCAGUUUGAAGAAAUUGUUGAAUUCUGACCAGAUUGCUGAGCUAAUUGCUAGGCUGGAAAAGACCAAAGUAGAUUGUAGUUGUAACACUUCCAAUGCAGUCUGUGGUCACUUCCUGCAAGGCUAUUUUCAGCACUGUAAAAGGUUAUAAAAUAAUCACACGAACCACUUAGAUAUUUUUAGGACUGGAGCUGUUUUAAGAUGGCACCAGCCACUUUGGUCAUGGCCCCUCAAUCAGGUCAAAGUAAACUAUUUUUUCAAACUUGUUCAUUAGAUCUGUCUACAACAAGUAAGUCAUUUUAAUGUUUAUAACCUUUUCAUAGAACCCCACUUCAAAAAAGUCUGAACUAUCCCUUUAAUGCAUCAGUCAUUUGGAAUGUGUUACUUUUUAUUGCUCAUCCUAGUUUAUGUUUUGUGCCAGAGUUUAUGUGUUCAGUUAGCUCAGUGGAUGAGGACUUAUASGCAUUAGGAUUUCUCGCUGCUAUUUAAAACUGUAAUUCCUGCUUCAAACGAAGUACUGCAACACUUUGUGUGGAAUUUUGCUCUCACACUUAACAGGUAUUGUAAGAGUUUAAGCUAAACUGAAUGUAUUUUAUUUAUUCCACUUAUUUAUUGUGUCACUGAUAGAAAUAGAUACGCAGACUUCUGAAGUGACCCUUUGGUGCAGAGUCAGACAGAUAUCCUUGUGCGUGUAUAUCAUGCAUUUCUUUCUUUUUUAGAUAUUUUGGUUAACAUUGUGCCUCAUGAUACAGUAUAAGUCCACAUGUGGAGGUUUGCUGCGCAGUAAGAUGGGAGCGCCCUCCCGUGGCAGAGUCYGGCGGAAACCGCAGUCGAGGGAAAAGUGAGGACUGAAUGAAAACUGCAGUGUUGUGACUUGAAUGUUAAUCAUGAACRUUCGCCAUUCACAGGUUUCAGCCAAUCAAAUCUUUGCUCUGCUCCGUCAGGAAUGCAGUCUCACAUCAUCUUAAAGGAGUAAAGCAACUCAGAAUUUUAAUCACUAAUGAAAAAAACAAAACAAAACAAAA